GCAACCCAACCAUCAUUGCUUCAUUUUUUUUUUCUUCUUUUUCCGUCCUCAUUGUCUCUCUAUAAUGUGAUGAUAAACAAUCAUUCUCGAAAUCUCGGCCCCUCUUCUCCGUGACGAACCCCAGUUCUCUUGCCCAGACCCAAGGCUUGGCCGGUUCUUGGCCAUUGCUUGGCCCCCCCCAAAGCCGAUCCAACGUCGAACUACGGCCGUCGCUGGCCCCUCGACACUCCCUCCGCCAGCAUGCUUUUGCCUCGCGACCUCAUCCCCUUCCCCAACGGCCGAAAUAGCAGCGACACGGCCAUCCAUGACGUCCACUUCAACCUGACCACUCUCCGCGAGUGGAACUACACCCUCUACACCAACGGGACGCUCUCGAACGGCUCUCGUUGCUACCUCACCCCUCCUCCCUACACCCCCGUCGAGCUCCUCUCCAACGGGACCUUCAUCAACGCCACCUCGUGCUACGAGCCCGUCGAUCCAAUCGGCUCCCGCGCCGCCGCAGGGGUCGCCUUCGCCGUGGCCUACGGCCUAUGCCUGAUCGGCAUCCUCGUGAACCUCAACAAGCACGGCCGCCUGCACCUCCCCGCCGAGAAGCGCUUCCGCCCCGUGGGCCGCCGCUGGCAGUGGUACUGGGCCAUCUGGGUCGUCGCCACCGCCUUCGUGAGCCUCUUCACCACCGUCGACGUCGACCGCUUCCGCGUCGUCGGCCUUCCCAUCAUCCUCACCUCCUUCUUCUGGUUCCUCAUGCAGCAGGGCGCCCUCGCCCUCGCCUGGGAAGCCGUCCGCCACUGGGGCAGCUGGCAGGAGCGCCAGUUCGUCGACCCGAACCCCUUCAUCCUCCCGGACCACGACCGCCGCUCCCGCGUCGAGUUUUGGCUGCCGCUGUGGUUCUACCUGUGGCUCUGGCUCAACUUCUUCCUCGUCUUUCCGCGGAAUUGGGGCCAGAUCCAGCUGCAGCGGGACCCCGACCAGGCUGCCGCCCGCGCCGCUCCCGCCGCCACCGACGCGCGCUUCAAGGCCGCCUCCUUCUGCCUCCUCGUCUGCUGGCUGACCGUCGUCUUCUCCCUCCGCCACUCCCUCCGCCACUACAAACCCCGGAACCGCGGGUGGGUCAACAAAGCCCGCGGUCUCUUCCGCUCCACGCCGCUCCGCUUCCGCCUCAUCCUCCCGCUCGCCCUCGUCAUCGUCGGCUUCCAGGUCUUCGUCUCCUUCUCCUUCCCCAACUCCAUCCUCAACGCCGGAGGGAACCUCGCCUCCAUCUACGCGGGCGGGUACGGCCCGACCCUCCUCAUCCUCGUCAUCCAGAUCGUAUGGGGCCUGCGCACGCCCAACGAGGACAAGGAGCUGGUCCGCCAGCGCCGCCGGCGCGGAGAACAAAUGGACCGAGAGAUGGGCGUCGUCCGCAAACCUGCCUGGUGGCGCCGCGUCAACGCCUCGUGGCAGCACGAUCCCUCCGACAUUCCGGGCGGCAACGGCAACGGCAACGGCUACCACCAGAGUAACAACACCAUCGGCACGGCCGACGCAGGAGCAGACUCGCCGGUGGUAGCCCGGCAGGAUUCCCGGGCCGGCCUCGUCGCCAUGUCCAAGGAAUCCGUCCCUACUACUACGCCUUCCGCCGCCUACGCGGGGAAAUCCGAAAGGCGCAGGGUGGAGCGGGUACGCAACGCCGCUGCUGCCGGGGUUCUCUUCCCUAGUCCCGAGGGACGGGCGGCCGAGCUGGAGGCACAGGCCGCCCGUCGGGCAGAGGCUAUGCGGGAGGGGCCUGCACCGCCCCCGUUCCCGUCGGAUUUUCCUCGGCUGCGGGAGCCGCAGACCGCUACAGAUGUGUCCGGUGCGGUCGAGAGGACUACUCCUGGCAACGAGACGGUCACGCCGCCCGCUGCUGUACAUCCAAUGCGCGUGAGGAGCAUGUUGGACAUUUGAUAUAACUGGAACCAGCCGAAGGUUUCUCGGCCCCUGAGUCGUCCUUUAUACGACAUGAUAUAUUUUCUUGCUGCCAGGCAACAACUCCCGGCACACUCCCCAGUCCCCUGGUAGAAAUUACUUCUCUAUCCAUAUGCUUUUAUCGUUCUCUGUUGGAUAUUUCUGUCUCUUUUCUUUUUUUUUCCUCGUUGUUUCCUGGCGUCCUGGUUAGACGGCGGUCAAAAACUCAGCAACUGGUAUCUAUCUGGUCAGGCGUUACAGGAGAUGAGAAAACUUGCAUUGAUCAUGAUACUUCUGCCAUUUUCUGCGUCCUUUGCUCUUUUCAGAGAUCUCCAGACGUUAAAGAAUACUACUACUACUACUACUUCUGCCA